AUGGUGUUACAGGAGGAGUUGAAGGCGGAACAUGCCUCGUACUUACGGCAGCACCCGGAUCUCCACGCCAUGAUGGCCGACUUCUUGCAGUUCCGGUUACUAUGAAAACCGAGCGACGUCAUCAUGUUUGCCUACAAGGACUUCUCUCCCUUCGCAUCCCGCCGACCCCUGGGGGCCACAUUCAACACCUCACCUUGA